GCCGUCCAUCCCAGACGCGGCAUUUACUGCAAGGUGAACACCCCACUAGGUUCGCUUGUUCCUUCGUUAUAGGUUGCGGGAAGCGUUGUAAGAAGGACCAAGCCUUCUCUGAGAGUUCAUUCCUAAAGGAAAAGAAACCAAACAAACACCGCUAAGCAUGGCAGCUCGAAUUGUGAACAAAGUGAUACACUCACCUUUUCCGGAUUUUGACGUUGGAAACAACUGUGCUUCUGAGCUGAUAAAGCAACGCUUGAGUGAACUGUCUAACGAAGUCAUUAUUGUUGACGCCAAUCAAUGCUUAACCGCAUGUCAGAUGUUGGCGAAAAUACGCCGAUACGCUGUGGGUUAUGAACAACACGGUGUGAAACCGGGCUCCAGGGUGUGUGCACAUAUUGGCAACACAAUUGAGAACGUAGCAGCAGCUUUAGGGGUUGUUUUCGCGGGCGGAACCCUAGUUAUGGCAAAAACAACCUGUGUGUCAAGGGAAUUGCUGUAUACGAUUGAAGACAGCCACUGCACGUUCCUUAUAAUCGACGAACAGACCGCACCAAAUGUCAAAGAGUUGAUAAUGCCACCAAGCCUCAAGGAAUUGUUUGCUGUGGGAAGCGUGCCCGGUUUCAUUAACUCUCUCAAAUUUCAAGAACUUUCCGAUGCCUCAUUUAAGCCCCACGUGCCCAUUGACACGGAGCAAGAGGUUGUUGUGGUACUGUAUACGUCAGGAUCAACGGGCCUCCCAAAAGGUGUCGAAAUAUCGCACAGAGCGUAUUGCGCCGCUUUUCUUGCAUUCAGGUACAGUGAUCCAAAUGAAAAAAAGAGCAAUGUUUAAGUUGUGUAAUUUUUGUAGCAUCUUUAUUGGUACAUUUCGGAGUUUGCCUUGUUCAAAGGGCUUCGCGCAAUGGGAAUAUAGAACUUCCAGGAUUCGUGCAUUUUUCAGGCACGUCUUGCGACGAGUAGUACGUUCUGUCUCACGUGUCUCUAGCCGUUCACACCAUGCCCUCUGAGCAAACCAUGACACUGAGCAAUCUCAGUAUUCUCAGCAGCGUCUGCGACGAUCUUGCCCUCGUCGUCCGUUAAAGUCUUGCCGUCGUCCCGGGAAUAAAAAUGGCCAACUCAAAAUAGUUUGUUAGUCAGUGUCUAACACACCGCAGUCAUAUAAACAAAAAAAAAUAAUUACUCCGACAAAGCGAGUGAUGGCGUGGACUACAUUUACUCAAUACGCAGGAAGGAAACAAGAAAACUGGAAGCGUUAAUUAGCACUUCAAAUGCUGACAAAGUCAGUCUGUGAGUUCAUGCAAGUGAAAAGUCAGUGCUGUGAUGGCGGUGCCAGCUGCGCAUUCGCACCACUAGGAGAACUAGCACAUAUAUGGUAAUUUAUCCAUACAUUGCGAGGAUUGAAUCGGAUAUUACAUUGUUGGAAUUAGACGCUUUGGCUAGGGGGUGCAAGCCGUCACCCGAUUCAGAUGGUUCAGCCGUAUCCAUCCAUCCAUCCAUUCAUGCAUUCAAAACGAGUAAAUCAUAUGCUCCGCUUGCGAGCAGAGUAUCGGAACGGUCUCACUUUCUGAGUUCACCUAUUGUGGGAGAAGCGAACAUCGCUCUUGCAGGACACAGAACAGGCGCGAGAUGAGGCGCACUUGUCCGUGCACGGAGUCUUGGGUAAGUUACUUUUAAAAAGCAAUUAGUUACAGGUAGUUUGUCAAAUAUGUAUUUAAGCUACAGUUACUUAAAGAUCGAAGUAACGCGUUACUGUUACAGUUACUUUGUCAUAGCUUCUUAGUUACGUUCAAGAUAAUUUGGUUCCUUUUUAAUAUUUAACAAUGAAGACAUUGAUGAUAACACAAAUUGACUGCGAUUUAUAUUUAUUUCGAACUCGCAGAAAAAUAUAAUUUCACUUUUUGAGAUAUAUAUUAUUACCGUCGCACACUUCAUUGAAUCAAACUGUUUGCUGCUUCGAUACAAGAUGGACUAAAUAAUAAAUUAUUUAGUUAAUGUUGUAAAGUAGCCAGCAAUUGCUUUUCCAAGACCAUUUCACUUUCCCCUUUCAAUGCUGAACAGAUCCCUUGCUAAAGAUGCGUUCAACAGAUGCGAUGGACGGAAUAUUUAGGCGUAAAAUCUUUCCUAAUGGUAAGAAAGUUGUUCAGGCUGGAGAGUACUUUCUAGGCUUCAGUCUUCCAUCGUUCCGUCUGCAUGUCUGGCGGUGGAGUCCACAAAUGAAAGUCGAAAGUCACCCCAAAAUGCUUGCAAAGGUUGGAGGAAGAGGAUCUCGCGGCAGCGUAUACUCUUUUGCAGUGUUUUAAUCGAUCAGUGAAGUAUCGCCACUAUGUUCGACAAAGUCAAAGUGCAGUUCAUAGCCGGGCAGCGGUAAUACCUGCCUUCUGUCAUUCAUGACAACCUCUCAUUUGAGCGGUAACGGUUAAUUACUAUCUAACUAUUUUCCUUCUUUCUUGUGACGUUCUCUCUCUCUCUUCCUCCUUCUUUUAAGAGCUCUCUUAUUCCCCUUUCUCAGCUGACAGGAAAAGUAGAUACCGAUGAGCAGACGUGUCCAUUGCAGUAUUAGCGAGGGGAACAGAAAGCUCAACCAUUUGGAACUGAAUAAAGGGGAAACGACCGUUAGUGUCGAACAAGGUAAAGAAGCGAGUAAAAAAUACGAGACAUCAUCCUGGAACGAGUUCAGGUUUUCUUUAAAAUUUCUUCUAUGCAACGCGCAGAACAAAAGAUUCGACCGUGAAUCACGGGCUCACAGCCCCUGGAAAUAGAAAAAUCGACCAGUAGAAGCAUCGUCUGUGAGCACCGGUCAGACAGUGUCUACUGGCGGCGACUCGCUUUUGCACAGAAAGAAAUCGUCGCGACUGCUGCGGCACCGACGACAGGGGCUCUCGUUCGGUGUUAGUCAAUUCACGGUUAGGUGUGGCAGAAGAGGACACACCUAACUGUCACGCUUGGCAGAAAAGGCGGGUGGUUCGAUGAGGCCGAAAAGGGUAAAUACGGGGCGAAAGAGAGCCACGCACAAAAAUUUUGAAAUAAAGCAAAUGCUAAAUGCGGUAUUCUCCGCGACGAAGAAGGAAAA